GAGUACUAUCAUUCACCUUUUCACAUCGAAAAAUGAGGCACAAUGCCUAACGAAAGCCACCCCCCUUCCGGAGAAUCACCUCCCGCCGCGCCGUCCAAAGAUCACCCCCCCGAUGUCGUCCCUCAUACCACUACCACCGCCAACCCCUCCUCGCCCCCCGAUGAAAAGAGACAACGCAUCCGCGUAAAGAACCGCAGGAAAAUGUACAUCGACACCCACCCCUCCUACGUCGACUCCCCCGACCUCGAAAUCGUCGACCCCCUCCUGUACGACCGCUGCGUGCGCCGCUUCCAGACCAACGCCGAGCGCGAGGCCGACGGGCGGGCUAAGGGGUACUCGGGGGUGCUGGAGGCGGAUCUGUAUCGUUCCGAGGCCAAGCUCGCCGCGCUCUCCGGGCGGGGAAUGGGUGAUGAUGGGGCGGAGAGGCGGCAGGAGGACCUAGCUUAUGUUCCUGGACCUGAUGGGCAGGUGUUGCCGGAGGAUGAGGACGAGGUGCCGAAGACGAAGGAGGAGGGGAUGGAGAGGUGGAGGGAGGCUAUGACGUUACGGUUUUUGAAGGGCGGGGAUGAGGAGUUUGAUUAUGGGGAGGUGGAUGGGAGGGAGGAGUGGGAUGUCAUUGAGCAGGAGGACGCGGAGGAGCAUUGGUUUGAGGAGGAGGAGCCGGGGUGGGUGGAGGGGAGUCCGGAGGAUAGGGAGAAGAGGGGGGAGACUGGAAUACAGGAUUUCUAAUAUAAUUAUUUUCGAGUAUCAAAUGUAGAGAGAGAGAGCAAGUGUUAGAACUAGCAAAAGUGAAUCAAUCCACUUCUGCUGUAGUUCUU